CGCCUUUUUCUUCUCCUUCGCCUCGGAAUUCCUCGACGGCGAAUUCCAGACUCCAAGCGCUCGCACUCCCAUGGCCGGCGGCAGCAGGGCUUCCUCCGCACAGAGGCGGGCGGCGCUCGCGGCGCUUAUCACGCUCCUCUUCCUUGCGUCCCUCUCUUUCCUCCUGUCCGCGACGGGCACCACCUCCGCCCCGAAGCCCUCCCGCCUGGCCGCCAUCCGCCGCCACGCUGAGGAUCAUGCGGCUGUGCUCGCCGCCUACGCGGCCCAGGCGCGGAAACUCAGCGCAGCCUCCGCCUCGCAGACUGAGUCGUUCAUAUCCAUGUCCGCGCAUCUCAGCUCGCUCUCGUCCCGCCUCUCCCUCUCUACCGUCGCGCUCUUGGAGAAGGAGACACGCGGGCACAUCAAGCGCGCGCGCGCCCUGGCGGGCGCCGCCAAGGAGGCGUUCGACACGCAGUCCAAGAUCCAGAAGCUCUCGGACACCGUCUUCGCCGUCGGCCAGCAGCUCCUCCGCGCCCGCCGCGCGGGCCUCCUAAACUCCCGCAUCGCCGCGGGCUCCACGCCCAAGUCCCUCCACUGCCUCGCCAUGCGCCUCCUCGAGGCCCGCCUCGUAAACGCCUCCGCCAUCCCCGACGACCCGCCCGUCCCGCCGCCUCAGUUCACCGACCCGGCGCUCUACCACUACGCCAUCUUCUCCGACAACGUGCUCGCAGUGUCCGUCGUGGUGGCCUCCGCGGCGCGCGCGGCCGCAGAGCCGUCGCGCCACGUCUUCCACGUGGUCACCGCGCCCAUGUACCUCCCGGCCUUCCGCGUCUGGUUCGCGCGCCGCCCGCCGCCGCUCGGCACGCACGUGCAGCUCCUCGCCGUCUCGGACUUCCCGUUCCUGAACACCUCCUCCUCCCCGGUCCUCAGGCAGAUCGAGGACGGCAACAGGGACGUGCCGCUGCUCGACUACCUCCGGUUCUACCUGCCGGAGAUGUUCCCGGCGCUGCGGCGGGUGGUGCUCCUGGAGGACGACGUGGUGGUGCAGAGGGACCUCGCCGGGAUGUGGCGCAUCGACCUGGGCGGCAAGGUGAACGCCGCGCUGGAGACCUGCUUCGGAGGCUUCCGGCGGUACGGCAAGCACCUCAACUUCUCGGAGCCCGCCGUGCAGGAGCAGUUCAACCCGCGCGCAUGCGCCUGGUCCUACGGCGUCAACGUGUUCGACCUCCAGGCGUGGCGCCGGGACCAAUGCACCGAGCGAUUCCACCGGCUCAUGGAAAUGAACGAGAAUGGCACGCUGUGGGAUCCAGCGUCCGUUCUGCCGGCGGGGCUCAUGACGUUCUACGGCAACACGAGGCCGCUCGACAGGUCGUGGCACGUGAUGGGGCUCGGGUACAACCCGCACAUUAGGCCGGAGGACAUCGAAGGAGCUGCAGUGGUACACUUCAACGGGAACAUGAAGCCGUGGCUCGACGUCGCCUUCAACCAGUACAAGCAUCUCUGGACAAAGCACGUCGACACCGAGAUGGAGUUCCUGACGCUGUGCAACUUCGGACUCUGAUCUUUCCGCGACGAGUUCGACGUUAACACUGAUGAAAGAGCGCGAUGAUCAGAUGAAUGUUCUGCCGUUUUCCCUUGGUAGAACGGUUGAAAACAGAGAGAAGCUGAUGGCUCUGCUCCGCUAA